CCUUAGGACAACACCACGGACACUGGUCUCCCAAACCUCUCCUCUGCAAACCACUCACGUCUCAUUACGGCAGUGGGAAACGCUCUCAUUUUUCUCAAUUUCCGUUCAAUAGUCGGUUGUUGAGUGUAUCUAGUUGUUCCUUUCGUUUGAUUUACCGUUGUUAGCAUGAGAGAAGUUAUUUCCGUUCACGUUGGCCAGGCAGGUGUUCAAAUUGGUAACGCUUGCUGGGAGCUGUAUUGUCUCGAACACGGUAUCGGACCCGAUGGUUAUCUUCAAGAAAAAGCUAUUGCACAAUCCGCCGGUGGACCUCGCGACGAUGGUUUCUCUACGUUCUUUUCAGAGACCGGACAGGGCAAGUUCGUGCCCCGGAGUAUUUAUGUGGAUCUCGAGCCGAAUGUGAUCGAUCAAGUUCGUACGGGUACUUACCGUGAUCUGUUCCAUCCUGAACAGCUCAUGUCGGGCAAGGAAGACGCCUCGAACAACUAUGCCCGUGGUCACUACACCGUGGGCAAGGAGAUGAUUGAUGGUGUAAUGGACCGCAUCCGCCGCAUGGCUGACAGCUGUGCUGGUCUGCAGGGAUUCCUCAUGUUCCACUCGUUCGGCGGUGGUACUGGUGCUGGUUUGGGUGCUCUUUUGCUUGAACGUCUGUCUACCGAGUACGGUAAGAAGUCGAAGUUGCAAUUCUCCGUCUACCCGGCUCCUCAAAUCAGUACCUCCGUGGUAGAGCCCUACAACUCUGUGCUCACGACCCAUGCUACCUUGGACCACUCUGAUUGUACCUUUAUGGUGGACAACGAGGCUUGUUACGACAUUUGCCGUCGCAACUUGGACAUUGAGCGUCCUUCUUACGAAAAUUUGAACCGUCUGGUUGCUCAGGUGGUUUCUUCCAUUACUGCUUCACUGCGCUUCGCUGGCAGCUUGAACGUUGAUCUUAAUGAGUUCCAAACGAACUUGGUUCCCUACCCUCGCAUUCACUUCCCCCUCGUCACGUAUGCUCCAAUUGUCAGCGCCGCCAAGGCUUUCCACGAGGCCAACAGUGUCCAGGAAAUCACCAAUCAAUGCUUUGAGCCCUACAACCAGAUGGUCAAGUGUGAUCCUCGCACUGGCCGCUACAUGGCUACCUGUCUGUUGUAUCGUGGUGACGUGAUUUCCCGCGACGUGCAAGCCGCUGUUUCCAACAUUAAGGCCAAGCGUACCAUUCAGUUCGUGGACUGGUGUCCCACUGGUUUCAAGAUUGGUAUCUGCUACCAACCUCCUCAACAUGUUCCCAAUGGGGACAUGGCCAAGGUUAACCGUGCCGUUUGCAUGUUGUCUAAUACCACUUCUAUUGCUGAGGCUUGGUCCAGAUUGGAUCACAAGUUUGACCUCAUGUACAGCAAGCGUGCCUUCGUUCACUGGUACGUUGGUGAGGGUAUGGAAGAAGGUGAGUUUUCCGAGGCCCGUGAAGACUUGGCUGCCUUGGAGAAGGAUUAUGAGGAAGUUGGUCAAGACUCCAUGGACAAUGAGAUGUACGAUGCCGAUGCUGUUGAGUAUUAAGUGCCGGCACAUUGAAGGUGCUUGCACUCCAUCGUUGCUGAUGCUGCUUUACAAACUUUCUCGUUGGUAUACAUCUGUGCACACGUUUACGAGUGCACGACGUUUAUUUUGACGGAACUUGUCUAGGGGUGCUUAGCUUCCUACUAUACCCUCAUCCUUCUGGUGGGCCGAUACCCAAACUACUGCCCCCUGCUGGUUUCCAUACCGCUGCCAUUAUUAAGCUGAGACAUUGAUGGGGCGUUGAAAGAAAGAAAGAAACACCUUCAUUUGUAAUCAUCUUUUAAACACGCGACAGCAUUCACUUUAUGUGCAAGGCUGCUCUUGGCAUGCUUAUGGUAUUUAUAUAGAUAUAUUUUUCAUAAUGACUUAUUACAAUCUUUGCAAUUCUAUAUACCAUUGGCUUUUUCAUUAUACAUUUCCUCUGUCACUGUCCUUUUUGUCGUAUGCGAUGAUUGUCCUGCUUUUUGUUGCUAACAAUGUAAGCAACAAUUACGCGUUCAUAUGCAGGUACAUUGCAUCCUUUUACAGUACUAAUUCGUAAGCAAACAUAAAUGAAGAUAAUAUUAGUAGUUUCCCUUUUCCCC